AGUGUUGGUAACACUGACCGUCUGCGACGACUUUGUCCACCUACUUUUAGAUAAGCGAAAAUGCAUUAAAAUUUACGUUUUUUAUGAUAAAUAAUGAAUGAAAACAAUAACAAAAUAGAAAUAAAUUAAUAAUAUGAGCUAUGUCAUAUAAAAAGUUGCAGUGGAUUAAUGUUAUGUGUGAAAACCAGCUUUGUUUUGGUGCCGUUCACUUAUAUUGAUUUAUUGUAUGCCACUGACCUGUAUUUAGUAUUUGUAAUGUGUAACUCGUAAAUAAUUAAUAAAUCCACUAAGUCCCCUUACAGAAUGUUCUUAAAAAAAUACUCCAUAUAGUAGAUUGUGUAUGAACAGUGAUUAAUGUGGUGAAAAUGGGGAGCAACGAAAAUUUCUGUGUACAGUGUUAAGAAAAACUGAUGAAUAGCCUUCUUUUCGUUAUGGUGUGUAUGUUACAAAAUGAUGACGCCUGUUGAGGAGAAAAAAGAUGAAAAGAUCCGCACAGGCAUGGUGCAGGUGUCGGACGGCAAGUCGCGGCCGCGGACGGCGCGCCUCGUGCUCACCAUGGACGCCGUCACCGUGCAGCGCGAGGCGCCCGCCCCGCCGCCCUCCGCGCGGGACAAGAGCGUGCCCCACGCGAGGGAACGCAUGGUUCAAAUCACGCGGCAGAAAGUGGGAGGGCUCGGACUUAGCAUUAAGGGAGGAGCUGAGCACAAGCUGCCCAUCCUCAUAUCCAAAAUAUACAAAGACCAAGCGGCUGACCAGACGGGGCAGCUGUUUGUUGGGGACGCUGUCAUCAAAGUCAACGGGGAAUACAUAACGGCGUGCAAGCACGACGACGCCGUCAACAUCCUCCGCAAUGCCGGCGAUAUAGUCGUGCUUACUGUCAAACAUUACAGGGCAGCCACGCCCUUCCUGCAGAAACAAGCGGACGGGGCAUCCGAUACGGACAGCAGUACGGGCGAUGACCACCCCUCCCUUCACAACAAGCCGGUCGAUGCUAAUUGUAACUCGGAGAAAAGCGUCGAGCAUACCAACGGUGGUUGGCAGACGUCGUGGGAUGAAGAUAGCAGCAGGCCGGGCAGCGCUAUGGGCUCCAUACGCGGCUCGAGACCUCCCUCUGUCGCCUCAGAUCGACCUCCUGCGCAACCCACGUGGCAAGACGUAGUCUCAGUUCCACUAAUGAUGGGUUACGUGACGCGAUACGUUUUUGGCACCGACAAAUUAAGACCUGGCGCUUUUGAGGUCCGCGGUGCUCGACAGCAAAGCACGGGCGUGAUCCACCUGGAGGAGCCGGCCGCGCUUUCUUUAUGGCUGAAAAGCAUUUCCGACAACAUUCUGGGCCUCACCAACCUGCAGAUGAAGUUACUGAACCGCGCUCUACCAAUGGGCGAGCGCAUAGAAUACAUGGGAUGGGUUCACGAAGGCGUAGUUUCGGCCAGCGCCCCGUGGCAGACAUACAGACCCAAGUUCCUAGUGCUGAAGGGGACUGACGUCAUGCUGUACGAUACGCCACCUAUGAAUCUGACAGAGCUCGCCAAGUGCCCUGAAGUCCUCAAGGUCUACCAGACAAUGUUCCGCACAGUGAAGGAGAGCGAGACAGUGGACUGGCGGCAGCACUGCUUCCUCGUGCAAGCGGGCGCAGCUGCCGGCCCGCAGCCGCCUGGACCUAGAUAUUUCAGUGCAGAUACGAGGAGAGAUCUGCUAAGGGUGGAGGCUGCGUGGACCAAUAAUGUCGUCAGCUCCGUCGUACGACUCGGGGUGAGUAGUAGUAUACUUACUUCAUAGAACUGUAGGAAGUUCUCAAGGAAAGAACUUCCUCCGGGCUAAGUGAUCCUAUAUAGAUCGCGCUCUGUAUAUAUGUGGGUGCCGUAAUAUCGUUAGCGCGAUGCAGGCUUCCUAUGACUGGUGGCAGCACUGCUUCCUCGUGCAAGCAGGUGCCGCUGCCUGCCCGAGACAUUUCAGCGAUGAUACUAGGAGAGAUCUGCUAAGGGUGGAGGCUGCGUGGACCAAUAAUGUCGUCAGCUCCGUCGUACGACUCGGGCUGAGUAGUAGUAUACUCACUUCAUAGUACUGUAGGAAGUUCGAAGGAAAGAUCUUCCUCCGGGCUGAGUGAUCCUUGAUAGAUGUCGGUCGCGCUCUGUAUAUAAGUGUGAGCCUAGGAAUUCCGUUAGUGCGAUGCAGGCUACCUAUUGUAUGGCGCGCGCAGCACUGCUUCCUCGUGCAAGCAGGUCCCGCAGCCU